AUGCAACAAGAAGCUGCGAACGAAGCGGUCAAGGCACCGUCAGGUGAUCAGAACCUGCCGGACAAGAAACUUCUUCAGGAUCCGGCUGCAUUGGCAUCUGCCUUGCAAGAUGCAGAAGGAAUGGCAGUCGAAGAAUUUGUGGAUAGCUUGUCAGCUCCUGUGCGUAGACGGGUAAACGCUUUGAAGCGUCUGCAGAUGGCAUCGGCUGAGCUUGAGGCUGAGUUCUACCGAAAACGUGCCAAGAUUGUUACUGGGGAAUACGAGCCAACAGAUGAAGAAUGCGUGCCGGUUGUGCAGGAGCUGGAGAAGGACGUGGAAGAGAAGAUGAACUUGGAUACCCAAUCAGAAGAAGCUGCGGAAGCGGAGACCGAUGUUAAAGGAAUACCUGAAUUUUGGCUAACUUUGUUGAGGAACGUUGAUAUGAUUGCUGAAUGGAUUCAGAGUUUCACGCUUAUUUUCCAUUUUUCUCCGAAUGAAUUCUUCACCAACCAAACGCUCACCAAAGUUUAUUACCUUAGCUGCAAACUUGAUCCCGAAGAUCCGCUUUCAUUCAAUGGUCCUGACAUCAUUAGUUGCAAAGGGUGCAAGAUUGAUUGGAAACCAGGCCACAAUGUUACCGUCAAGCUGAUCAAAAAGAAGCAGAAGCAGAGAAAGGGAGGAGCGACUAGAUUUGUGACAAAGGAGAUCAAAAAUGAGUCAUUUUUCAACUUUUUCGAUUCUGCCAACGUUUACAGUGGUCGUUUGCUGGAUGAAGUGUUUGAUGAAGACGACGUGGAUGAGGAGGAAGAAUAUGAAUCUGAUUCCGACGAAGAAGCAGUAAGCGGUGUUCAGAAGGUAUAAAA